AUGUCGAGCCAAAAGAAGUGUCCAGACUGUGGCUCCUUGGAAAUUGUAGAGGACUCUCAUUAUGCUCAGAACCAGCUGGUGUGCGCAGGCUUCAUUCUGACUGAAGGGCUUCUCACAACCACAUAUGCUGAUGAAGAACAUUUACAAGGUGAGGCAAAGAAUAGCAAAAUAGCUGAAAACUCUUUGUAUCUUACAAAUACAUGGGAUUUGAGAUACGACUUGCAAGCAGUUCUCAAAUAUAGACAGGCCCUACACCAUUCAACAGUUUAAAAAUGGGUGCAUGUUUGAGAGCUUGGACCAAAGUUUGGCUGAUAUCUGUGUUUUUAUCUCAUAGAAGUCACAUAUUCACGGAGUACUGGUCAGAAUGAGCAAACAAGCCGUUGUGUACAGCGAGGUACGUAUUCCGCAUUACUCUUUUGAUGCUUUGUGGAAAUUAAUGUGCCUGUCAUCCACAAGAGCUGCAUUGAUUCACUUUCUAAAAGCAAAGAGAAAUUUGCAUUUUUAAAACAGUCUUACCCAUUUGCUGUGGGACCAACAUCAAAACAACCCAUUUUAGAGUUUUAGAGGUGCAUAGAGUCCAGAGUUCAGUUUGAUUGCCUGAUCAAAUCUCAGCUGAAUCAUUGACAGACUGGUUAACCAUGGACCAGUCUGUUUCCAUUAUCAUUAAAUGGCCAUUAUAAUUGUGUGUACAGCUGCAAAAAAUAAAAAUCAAUACAUAACUAAAAGCCAAAUUAAAAUCAAAUAUGAAGUUGAAACAGCAAAACUAACAGCCAUUCUCAAUUAGAGCCCCCAAAGACUUUCAUUUAAAAAAGUUAUCCGUAAUAUCCAAAAAAAGCCAAAGUAGGCUUGGUUUGGACACUCCAGUUACACCACCACAAUUGAAAAUACCAUAUUUUUUGCUCUAUAAGACUCACUUUUUCUGUCCUAAAAAGUAAGGGGAAAUGUGUGUGCGUCUUAUGGAGCGAAUGCAGGCUGCGCAGCUAUCCCAGAAGCCAGAACAGCAAGAGGGAUCACUGCUUUCGCUGCGCAGCGAUCCCUCUUGCUGUUCUGGCUUCUGAGAUUCAGAAUAUUUUUUCUCUUGUUUUCCUCCUCCAAAAACUAGAUGCGUCUUGUGGUCUGGUGCGUCUUAUAGAGCGAAAAAUACGGUAUGUUACCCAUGAUUGCCACCCAUCUAACCUCUGAAAGUGGGAGCAUGUGAAACAGAGCCUCCACAGAUUAUCUUAGUAUAUGGGCAGCUUCAUUCAGGCAAAGACCUACCCUGCAGUUAGAUUUGUCACUGAUAAAUGUGUAUGUGGAAACAUUUCUUAAGUACUGCUGUGAUAUUUCCCCCCACAUGAGUCAAAUGUGUUUGAGAUCUCUGCAAAGUUCUGCGGCUUCCUUCUCUGUUUGAAGAUACAGCCGUGUCCUAUUACCAGCAGGCAAUCAAACAUCCCUGCUUCAGUUUAGUCAGCAGGGGGGAGGAAGGAGGAGCUUGUGGGCUGUUGCGUCUUUGUGACCUGCCGCCAGCACAACUGGCCCCUGACCAUGGGCACAGUCUGCCUGCUACUCUAUGGAGACAGGGGAUUGUUUGCAAAGACCUAUCUACGCUUCCUGAAGGAACUGGCACUGGAUGUGCCUACUCUCAGCUUGAUGGAUAUGGUGAAAACCCACCUCAACAGGUAUGUUGAAGUUCUUAUGCCCUUUCCUUGAGAAUACUUCUCAAAGCUGGUGUACAGUUUCCAUCGUUCAGAGACAGAAUUUACAAGUAUCAUACGGACUGUGUGGUAUAUUGAUUGGAAGGCCGAUGAAACAGCAAGCUUCUUAAAGUUCAGCAGGGAUGGGUGUGCUCAGUGCUUGGAUGUAGGAGCCCGGUGUGUGCUGUGUGCUUCCAUCAUGGAAGAAAUGGGUAUUUUCAUAUGUGCAUGUAUACUCCAACUCCCUGAUUUCUGAGAUUUCAUCUGAGGCACUUCAGGCAGUUCCAGGCUUUUCUCUUUAGCCACAGGGGCAGCAAACUUCCUUUUUUAAACAAAUAAUUCUCAGAAUUGUGAAUUCUGCUCCUGCUACCAAUCCCGUAAUUGCUUGGAAAUCCUUCCUAUUAUUUUUAAGGGCAAGAAGCCAACAAACAGAAUUCUGUUGAGCACAAGUUAGGAAGAGUGUAAAUUCAGCCCUGCCCAUAUAGUGCUGGUUAAUGGAAGAUGCUUGCCUUUUUGAUUCAAACUGCUCAGCUUGCCUUUUUGGUGUCCUUGGAAAAUGCAGGGCCUUCUGCCCUUUGCCCUUUCACAGAAUGCUUUAUUUAGCUCAUGUCCCUCUUUCACCUAUUUGUCUUCUCCAUCCUGCCACAUCUCCCAACCCAAGUCAGUCUAUCUAAAUGGCUUGUUUCAUCUCUCCAGCUUCAAGAUUUUCCAGAAUUCACUUGGCGUCCUGACCAAGUUUGUGGAAGAAAAGGAGGAGCAGCUGGUGGCAAGGACUAUCCAGGUGGUGGAACUUGCCAGUGACACGUGGCUGGUGACCGGCCAGCACCCCAUCCCCAUAGUGACAGCAGCAGCCUUCCUGGCUUGGCAGUCUCUGCGGCCUGUCGAUCGCCUCACUUGCACCCUUUCUCAGUUCUGUAAGCUUGCUGGUAUGGAUGCUCCCCGGCCAGCCCACCAGAGACUGAAGGAGCUGCAUAACAUCCUCCUGCAAAUGGCUUCUCAGCUGGGCUGGUUGCGAGUGCUGAAAGUGGACCGUCGGAGCGUGGCAAAGUACAUCGGUGACCUUCUGCGGCACCGCCGUGUGCUUCUACAGGCUGCCUUCCGCAUCGUGGAUACUACGGAAAACCGUGACCUAGAAGACUCAGCAGCUGCGCCACUGCAGCUAAUCGAUGAGAGCGCUGCAACAGUAGAAGAGGCCUCCCUUUCAGGAGAGAAGCAGAAGUUCAGCAAGCGGAAACCUUUGCUCCCACCCUGCGUCUUGAACCCCGCAAAGAGGCUACGAACUCCUGAGCUAAGCCUCGAAGAUUCUGCUAUCGCUGGGGAUGAGCCCAUUUAGACAGUGAGAUAGAGCAGUACAUCCGGACUCCAGAAGAAAAGGAGAUGUUUAGCAAGGCUCAAGCAUGCCUAUGACCUCGAAGUUGUGGUUCGAGGACCCGAUCCCCCCCAAAGUGGAAUGAAUACACAAGGACACGUGAUAUAAGGUUAAUGGGCAAGAAAAGGCCACAACUUUAUUGAUUACAGCAAGUGAAAAGGUAUUGGCUUAGGCAUUGGAUUACGUCAGCUGACUCCACCCCCUCAGAGAGGGGUGAGUCUGAAACAAGGGGGGUUUAUUCACCAGUAGGUGGAGCCUGUUGAUGCUAAUCCAACUAUAGGCUCUCCCUGAUGUCACCGAGGGUCGUGCCAUGGCCUCCCGCCAAGCAGGCAUCGGACAGAAUACACGACCGCCAGAUUCCUUUAACGGAAUACCCAAAAAUUGAAGGCAUAGGCGAUGGCCACACCUAGCCCUUCGACACCACGACACAUUAUUCCAAUGCCUAACCUACCCACCAAUGCCACAAAAAGUUGUGACGAUUGCUACGAGGUAGGCGAAAAUACCAAAAAGCCUAAUGCCAAAUGGAAAAAUUCCUACCAGGCCCCCCGGACAACCAGGGCGACCAACCUAAGGUCCAUAGCAAGGCCAAGGAAAACUAAGACCCUGAGCUCAAAGGGAGUGGAGGGUGGGUGAAUCGCGACGGGUCGACGAAGAGUGAGGCUGAGGAGGGGCUGGCGCCGCAGUAUUAAGGCUGCUGUACACGCCCCUCGGAGGCACCUGGUUGGGUGCCUGCCGAUGGGCGUGGGCGCCAGCCAGGUGAGUGGGAAGCAGGGGGCUCGGGCUCCCGCCCACAACCACUCCCCUCUCUUCAGGAGGAGAGUCUCUGCAAGUGAUUCAGGCAGGCUUGCAAGCAAUAGACUUCUGAUACAUAUUUUGCUCUAGGUGGCUUAGUUUGGUAAGAACUGAGUAUACACUUCCAAAGUUAAUGCUAAAUAUAUUACUUCUGGUAAAUGAGCCAUCAUAACCACUAGAGGACUGUGGAAAUUUUGUCCUGGGCUUUUUAGACUUUUCUACCUAUGUACUGUCUGAAGCAAAGGGAUUCAUUGGUUGCCAGAUGUAAUUCCUGCCCCCCGCCCCCCCAGAUCUCCUGUCCCACUAGGAAUCUCCCGCAUCCUUCAGGCAUGGCUCCUUCCACCCUACUGUGGUAAUAAUUAAAGACAGGUUUGGGUGGCCUGGAUAACUUUGGUUACUGGUGGGGACCACUAGUAACCAGUUGGCGAGGUUGUCUGAUUAUUUUCCUUCAACUCUGACAAGAGGUAUAGGAAGUGGCCACAUUGCAGUGGUUUGCAUGCUGUUUAGGACAACUUUUGGUGUAAAGAUUGGCGUAUCUCUGGGUGAGAAGUAGUAUCCACUCUUGAAGGGUUGGGUGGAGGCAGUCAGCCAGCCUGAGCAACAAAUACCUCUUUGAGUUGGCGUUUGACUUGAAUGAAUGUUUGUCUGGUCUACUUAUGGUCCUCAUAGUUAGGCAUGAGAGAGUGGAAGAGAACUGUGAAAAUCUAAUUGUAGGUUGUUUCAGACAUGCUUGCUUUAAACCUAGAUCCAGAAGGAAAAGUUGUGGCUUUGCAAGCAUCUCUUUAUAGAACAUGGUAUGGUGGUUCCUGAACAUCAUACCCGUGUCACAAGCUAGGUGGUGAGUCAGUCGCCCUGAUUAAUGGAGCUGCUUAGUUAAUUUUUGUCCCUACAUGCACACGGUGAGGGGAGGGCGAGCGAGUGGGGGCCUCCCGCGGAGCUCCCGCUGCCAGGGGCAGCCUGCUUGCUGGGGCGUGGGGCACGUGCGCGGAGGGAGGGAGGGAGAGGGGGCUGGAGCCAGGCGCUGCCUAGAGAGGCCUCCUAAAUAUGACCCGUUGCAUCUGAUUUUCGCUCCUUCUUUAUUUAGGGAGUCAUAGCAGGACUUCUGAAGGAAUGCGGAUAAGGGUAUGCUUUAACUUCGAAGGAGAGAGAGGAAAUGUGCCAGAGUGUUGUGGUCAGUGUAGGAUUAGCCGGGUUCAGUACUUUGUCCAGUUCCAGUUGCUGCAUUUUAAAGAGGAGAUAGACAAACUGGAGCAGGAAUCUUUCUGGCUGUGGGGGGCGAAAAACGUUCGCAAUCUAAAAUGCUAUUUUUAUGGCUUGGUGGAAUGCAACCUUUGGAUAAAACACUGCUUUUGCAUGGAAGCUGUGUGUCACAGAGGCCCCACUCUUUUUCCUGCCUGACUCCCAUAUGCUUGGUGCUUUGUAUAUUUCACUGUACUACUAAUACUAUGAUAAUACUAUAAUGUAAUUGGGAUUAAAAAGGUGUUCUUUUGAAAAGAGAUGUUACUGAUAGACAACGUGUUGUUUUCUUUUAUAAGCAUUUGCUGCUGUUAAAAGGUAAAUUAUAAUAUGAAGGGGGUGGUUUGCUGUUAUGGAAAAAUCUAGGUGUGAGGCUGCUCAGUCACCCAGCUCGUCGGGCAGAGCCUGCGGGUCCCUGCGGAAUAAAGGAAGGAGUCCAGCCAACCAGAGCAAAUAGCUGUAGACCAAAGUUUAUUGCGCAAUAGGUUCAAAGAGCAAAUUUGAACCCCGAGGGUGGGGUGACAAAGACUUUUAAAACUUUCCCACCAUAUCCCAGAAUACAGUUCGUACAGCAUCAUUGCUACAUCACUGACAUGUCACAAAAGGGGAGAGGUUAACCUUGGCAAACAUGUCCAGACAAGUCCUUGGUACAAGAUUAGCAUAAGCAGACAUGGCAGGGCAAGACUCAGGUAUAAGAUUAGCAUAGACAAAUAUGUCUUAAGUACCCACCACCCAAAAGUACAAUAGAAGUUCCUUUGCAUGUCUGGAGCCUGAGGCGAGUCAGGUGAUGAGAUUUGGCUUCCUUUGGCUAACAAGGAGCCCAGCAAUUGUCACCUCUGGGAACUUCCUGGAGUCCUUUUCCAAGGGGAAAAUAGCUUUGGAAUGGAGGAAACUGGGAAAGGAGAUGAUUUUAUAUUAUUUUUAAAGCUAGGUAACUUCCCUGAGCUGUCAAGUUGAAAGGAUACAUUCAGGCAUAAUAUUUGUAAUAUUUAACUUUAAAGAUGUGGGCCCCCCCCCUGUAAUUUCCGUAACAUUUGCUACAGCCCUACACCUUUCCUAUUCACUUAACAUGCAGCAACCUUGUUAAACUUGUCUUCAAAAUGUUUCUGCCUGUCUUACAUUGCAUCUGCAACUGACAUGCAGGUUUUAUUUUGUCCCUUUUACAGACUGGGCGUUCAGAGGAUGAAACCAAGCCACUUCUGCUGUUUCUGCACCUCCUUCUGCUGCUCUUUUCUCUCCUUCCUAUCACUCUAAUAAAAACAACCCUUUUAUCUCUAAAUUUGAUCCAGAAGAGCAACCUCGGGACACUGAUAGGUUUGCUAGUGACAACAAUCCGUUCACUACAAAAUGGGGACAGAAAUCCAUGCAAGAUACUGAAUGCUUUAUAGCUGCUACUUCUUCUGCUUCUGAGAAUGAAAAUAAACCAAUUGCUCCUAAAAGGGAACAAGAAUCCCAGAUAGAGGAUUCUUCAAACUCUGCUAAGUCUCCCCUGCCUGUUCCUGCAACUUCUGUUCUUGAGUUGGAUCCUUCUGCUUUUCAGCUUUUCGAUAUUGAUAAUCCUCCCGUGUCUAAAGUGGGAGAGGACUCUGAAAGUUUUAACAGUCCUCCAGCAUCUUUCUCUACUUCCUCCUUAGCAGGAAACCUUGAUGAUUCCAAGCAGGUUCAUGUUGUGCCUUCAGAGAAGCCCCCAAAGGAAGGUUUAACUAAUCAGAUAGAUCCUGGCAAUUUGAUCCCUGGAGAUCUGAAUGUAAAACCCACCACCCUUUCUGUUAUUCCAGAAGUGGGAUUGGAUGAUGAGCAGCUGAGUGAUUAUCCCCAGGGUACUGAAAAGAUUGCGGUUUCUGGAGAUUUGUGCAGGAGUGGAGAUGGUUCCUCAGAGUUACGGUCCUCCAUUGAGGGGGGAGAGCUGACAGCAAAUAAAAAGGGGACUGGUGAGAGGCAGACUGUAUCGCUUCUCAUGAAGACAAGUGCUCCUGAUGCUGGAUUUGAACUAAGCAAACCAUUGGUUGCACCUUCAGCACGAGCCCUUGAAAAUGCAAGCCAUGAUGUAAAGGGAUUGGAGCAGAAGAACGCUGACAGCUUAAAAGAAAAUAGACAGGGUGAUAGUCCUGAGUUCUCUGUUAAGCCUGUUCAUCUUUACCCACUGCCCAGUUCGUCUCCAUCUAUUAGUUCUUUACAAACUGAUGCUUCUGGCUGUAAUAGAGCAGAACCUACGAAAAAGCUACAGCAGAGGGCUUGGGUACCAAAGGGGAUCCCUCGGGCAAGAAGAAGCUGCUCCAGGGCUGGGGUUCACCCUCUGAAACACAUCCCAAUCAGAAUCUGCAGAGUGACGGAACUUAUCCUGCUAAGCUCAGGUGAGAGGAAUUGCGGGGGGUGGGGGUGGGGGGAUUAAAGAUAAAGGCUCAAGUGCAUGGCUUUGAUUCUUCCCUCCCCUUUUUAAUGCAGUAAGGGAUUUUGUGUCCUAUGGACAGGUGAAAAUCUUUCCCUGUUGAUCUGUAUCUAUUUCUUGUAGCAAUGUCAAUGAAGGAAUAAAAUUGAGCAAAGGUUUGUUUUGCUUAGGCAGUAAUCAGACUCUAUUUUCACAUUGUUGUGACAUGACAAUAAAGCUAUCAUAAACUGGAACCAGCACUUCAUAUUUUACCUCUAAUUUUACUUUAUUUUUUAAACCCACUGUCCUGUUAAAAUACAAAAUAUAUUUUUCAUGUUCUGCCAAAAUAAGUGAAAGCAGCAGUUGGAUAAAUGCUUAACUUUUUUAAAAAGCGGUGUUAGUUGUGAUCAUAAGUGCAGUGCAGUUUACUACGGCACAGGUUUUGUGUUACCUAGAUUCUGAAGUUUUCCACGGGUGUAAUUUAACUAAAAAAGAAAUCAAGGCAAACUUUUGCAAUAAACUUUGUUGAAAACUCUAUUUUUUACACUUGCUAAACAUCUGGGUAACUACACAAAUAUCCAAGCAACCAACCAUAUUUUAUGGUGGGGGGAGGUGGAGGAACAGAUGUUUUGAACCAUCAAGAGUGUCAGACUAGGAUUCCAUUCAGUGAUGGGCCAGUCUCUUAUCUCUAUGUCUAACCUACUUCACAGGGUGGUAGUGAGGAAAAUGGGGGGGGAUGUAUUCAGGGUCCUUGAAGGGAUAUAAAUAAAUAGGAAAGUAAAACUUUUCAUUUGAGAGCUUCUAAAUCAGUCUUGAAGUGUAGAGAGGAGGGCAGAAUAAAUCUUCUAACAGUAAAUAUAAAAUCUAAACUUGCACUAAUAGAGGUACAUAGAAGCGGAAAAUGUACUUUAUUCUUUUUAGAAGCCAAAGCAGAAACAUGUGUGCAUGCGGUGCUUCAUGCAAGACCAAAAGUAAAGCUAAAGGUAAAGGGACCCCGGCUGUUAGGUCCAGUUGUGGCUGACUCUGGGGUUGCUGCGCUCAUCUCACUUUAUUGGCCAAGGGAGCCGGCGUACAGCUUCCAGGUCAUGUGGCCAGCAUGACUUAAGCCGCUUCUGGCGAAACCAGAGCAGCACAUGGAAACGCCGUUUACCUUCCCGCUGGAGCGGUACCUAUUUAUCUACUUACACUGUGUGCUUUCGAACUGCUAGGUUGGCAGGAGCAGGGACCGAGCAACGGGAGCUCACCCCGUCGCGGGGAUUCGAACCGCCGACCUUCUGAUCCGCAAGUCCUAGGUUCUGUGGUUUAACCCACAGCGCCACCUGCGUCCCUUCAGACCAAAAAGAGAACUGCACAAAAUUGUUCAGGUACAAAGUACUAUAGGAUUGCCUGAACUAAUUGUGUGUGCUUCUUUCAGACUUCAUCCUGUGAAACCAAUGCAUACUACAACGAGCAAAUCAUCUGCAAAAAACCAGAGCAUAACAUCAAAGAUCUUGGAUAACCAAAAUGAAGCCGAUAUAAAGGUAAUUUAAGACAUACUAUAUUUUAAAACCUAAUUGGGUGGUCUGUGCCUUGAGUUAGGAAGCUUGUAAAUUUAUUGGCGGGAUUAGACAAACUGCAAAGGGGUAUAGUCAUUUGGAGACAGAAAUGUGUUCACGUUUUCUAGGUGUACGAUUCCCCUGCCCCUGCUAUCCUACUGAUCUGGGCAAUUUUCUGAGCCUUUUACUGACACAAGUUUAGAUCUGUGAGUGGGUAUAAAUUCCCCAGGCUCAAAACUUGCUAUCUUCACCAAAGGACUUUGGCCUGAAAGGGAUUUUUGUUUUCAGAUAAGCAAGGUUUGGUGAUUUAGUGCCUCCAACUAAUAUUGCAAAUGAUCUGUUUGGUGUUUGUGUCGCGAUUCCUCGCGGCGCUUAUAGCAGAAACGCUCAGAGUCCCAGGGUUUUCCAGUGCAGUCUUUUUAAUGUGAGCUAUAUACAGGUAUUUACAAAAACAGUCCAUACAGAGUACCUGCUCCUUAAGGCAAACGAAUACUCUCCACCACAGCACCACCAUACCACAGCACAACCACCACAACCACGGUUACUGUUGAACAGGCUUUCCUUUUUAAAACAGGUGAUAGCCAAUCACAUUAAUCACACUCCUGCUGAGUCACUCUGACCCAGCACUUCACAGAGUAUUGCAUCAUCCUGUUGAAGCCUGCAGACUUACUCAGUAUCCUGCGAAUCCCAACACUCCUCCUUAAGUCAAAGGCUUGAGACCUAAUAAUUCUCUUAAGUCUUGAAAUUUAGGAGCAUCCAAACAUUUUGUAUACAAAUCCGCCACAUUACAUUUUGUGUUACAGUGCUGUACCUUUAACACAUUUCUUUCCAAAGCAUUUUUCACAUUUCCGUAUCUUAUCGCAAUAUGUUUACUCUUGCUCUUAAAGUUCUGUUGGUUAGCAAGCUGUUGUGCAGCCAUGUUGUCACUUAGCACAGUGAUUGGCAUUUCAGAAGGUAUUCCAAGCUCUUUUGUUAGGCAAGCAAACCACUCUAUUUGUGACACACAUUCGCUUAUGGCUGAGUACUCUGCUUCACAAGUACUUGUGGCAACAAAUGUUUGUUUCUGGGAUUUCCACUGAACCAGGGCAUUUCCAAUAUAUAUGGCAUAGCCAGUGGUAGACUUUCCAUUUUCUCUGUCCCCCCAGCUGGCAUCAGCGUAUGCAUACACUUGCUGAUCAUAUCCUGUAUCCAGCAUCAGUUUGUAAUCUUUUGUGCCUUUCAGAUACCUUAGGAUUCUUUUAAGUGCUACCCAAUCUCUCUGAGCCGGGUCUGCACUUCUUUGGCUUAACAUGUGCACUGCCAAUGUUAUGUCGGGUCUUGUCCAACAACUUAAAUAUAACAGAGAACCCAACAGAGAAUGAAAUGCUGUUGCAUUCUCACAUUUUUGCCCUUCUGGUUCAUUUUUGUACUGGGUAGUUAUGGGAGUGUCAACCUCAUUUGCCCUCUCCAUUCCAUAUAUCUUCAGUAACUUUUCAAUUUUUUCCUUCUGACUCAGAGAGUAGACGCCCUCUUCAUUUCUCUGAACCUCUACUCCUAAGUAAUUCUGAAUCUCUCCCAAAUACUUCAGUUUGUAUUUGUUACCUAGGCUGUUUAUAAACCAAGACACUUGCUUUUGUGCAGUUGUUAUUAGACAGAUAUCAUCAACAUACAAAAGUAAAUAACAAACACUUCCUUGCACCAUUGCUGAAUAUAAACAGGAAUCAGCCAGGCUUUGUUUGAAUCCCAUCUUUUCAAAGUUGUGUCUAUGCAUUCAUGCCAUAGACGUGCACUUUGGUGCAACCCGUAUAGUGCCCUUUGCAGUUUUAACACCAUGCUGUCUUUUUCCAGCUCAUAACCUGGUAUUUGCUGUAAAUACACCUCGGCGUCAAUAGGAGCAUUUAAAUAUGCUGAGGCAACAUCAAAAUGAUUAACUUUUAACCCUCUCAGACUUGCCAUUGCUAAAACUGAUUUUACUGUUUCAGCCUUUGCUGUUGGGGCAAACACUUCAUCAUAAUGUAUCAUUUUUCUUUGUGUAAAGCCCCUUGCCACCAACCUGGCUUUCCUCUGACAACUACCAUCAGCCAGCUUUUUCACUUUAAAAACCCACUUACAGCUUAUGGGCUUUUUACCUUCAGGCAAUUCUGUAGGUACAAACACAUUGUUGUUUAGCAGAGAGUUAUACUCUGCCUGCAUUGCCUUUAACCACGCCUCUUUCUCUAGAGUAGGUAACUCUUGCACUUCUUCAAAGUUUUCUGGCUCAGUUACACAAACCUGGUUUAUGGUGACUGGGAACCCAUAACGGUCUGGAGGUUGACCUUUAUUACUUCUUGUAGACCUCCUUGGUUCAUUAAUCUCACCCCCCUGGGCUACCUUCAGGACUGCUUUUGGGGUGGAUUGACUCUGUAGAUCUACCUCCUCCUGUCCCUGUUGCACGUUCUUCUCUCCCCUGCUCCAUGCUAGCAGCUGGAGAAAAAUGCUCAACCUUUACCUCCUCCCUUUCAGUUUCUCUGGGAGAGCUGCCAAUUCUUAGCUUUGUUUCAACUGCCUUAUCAGGUAUGCUCGGCAGUAAAACUUUUCUGGCAGCAGGUUUGCAUGUAUCUUGGGCCAAUUUCUUUGCUCAUUAAAGCUGGCUGAUCGACUAUAACUCAAAAGAUUUUUAUCAUCUUCAAACCUGUAGGCUUUCGUACCACUUUCAUACCCAAGAAAUAGCAACUGCUGUGCCCUUUUCCCACCUUUUCUUCGGUUCUUUACAGGUAUGUCAACCCACGCCUUUGUCCCAAAGAUUCUCAAAUGUUGCAAACUGGGACUUUUGUUAUAGAGAAUUUUAUAGGGUAUGUCAUCUAGUACCCUUGACCACAAGCGAUUCCCAAUAUAAUUUGCGGUCUUAAUACUCUCAGCCCAGUACUUAAUUGGAAGAUUUGCAUCUGCUAACAAUGCUUUCAUUUGUGUCUGCAAGACACCUCCCCUACGCUCUGCUACUCCAUUCUCCUGAGGCGUUGCCACAUUGGUAAGCCUAUGUUUAAUCCCUUGGGAACGCAACCAGUUUCUUAGGGAGCUUGCCAUAAACUCUCCUCCCCUAUCUGUCUGAAUAGAGCACACCUUUUCGCCAAGUUGCCUUUCUACCCUUCUUACCCAGAACUUCAAAGUUUGGGCAACGUCAGACUUUUGCUUUAAUGGAUAGACCCAGCCAAAUCUAGAAUAGUCAUCCACUAGGAUCAAACAGUACUUGUUAUGGGAGACACUUGGUGGAAAAGGACCAGUUACAUCAGCAUGAAUCAACUCCAGUGGUUUUUUUUGGUUUCUCUCUGGCUUGCUCUUGCUACUGGGCAAGCCCUGCUUUUAACCUCCUUGCAGAUAUUGCAGUCUAAGUAAUUAUCACAACUUUUAAUGUUUUUCAUCCCCCACACAACUCCAAUGUUUUGUUCAGCACCUUAAAGCUAGCAUGAGCCAGACGCCUGUGCAGGAGAUGAAUACACAUAUCAUGGGUUGGGACAUUUUGCACAUUCGCAACCUUAGACUCACACUGCAGUACAUACAUAUUAGUUCUAAGGUUAGCAUUUGCCAACACUGCCCCAUUUUGCUUUAUCUGGCACUGAUCUCCCACAAAGUUUACUUCAAAGCCUGCUUUUGCCAAGUCAGGAAUACUCAGGAGAUUGUUUUGCAAACUAGGCACACACAACACAUUCCUGAAUGUGUGUCCCAGCUGUGGGAACACAACCUCCCCCUCACAAACCACAUUAGCUUUCUGGCCCGUAGCAAGACUUACAUGUUUUUUGUUUGAAGCCCUAGCAUCAGUUAGCAAUCCUUUUCUUUUACAAAAGGUUUGAGAAGCUCCACUGUCCAGAACCCACAGCUCUUCAUUUUCUUGACCAUCUGCAGACACCCAAGCGGUAGACUCUCUCUGCUGCCUCCUGUGCUUCUGCUGUUUUUGUUGUUUUCUCGGGCAGUCCCGCAGCAGAUGUCCACUGGACUUGCAGCAAAAACACCUUUUUACUUUGUUGACCACCGGCUGGUCUGCAGCAGCUCCUCCUGGCUGUUUCUCCGGCUCCCGACACCUCUGCUCUUCCCGGCUGUUGUUCCCUCUGGGAUGCUCCAACAGCUGGGCUGAGGUCAUCUUUCGCUCUGCACGCCUGUCCUCCUCUGCAUACAACCGUCCAGUAACGUAUUCCAGAGUCAGCUUAUCAGUCUCUACAGACUCGAGGGAAUUGACUAGCAUAUCAUAGCUGUCAUCAAGGGAACUCAGGACUAUAAAGACUUUGUCCUCUUCCCCCACAGGCCUCCCUCUUAAGGCUAGCUCCUGGAAACAGCCUGUUAGGAAUUUUAGGUGGUUUACCAGGGAGUCCCCGGUUUCUUCCGACACCGGUACAGUCUCCUGGUCAGUGUUAUCAGUGAGCCAGCUGUCUCUCGCACAUGGACAGCCUUGAGCGCAUUCCACGCCUCACUUGCCGUCACCUUAUCAGCUACGUAGACCAGCUGGCUGUCGUCCACUCCAAGGAUGAUCGUAGCCAAAGCUUUCUCAUCCUUUUCUAGCUGGGCCUCUGCUAGUGCCAGCUUUUCAUCGUCGUCCUCAUCCUCCUCAGGUGGCUGCGGUGGAGUUUCCACCACCUUCCACAGGCCCUCACGCUUGAGGAAGUGUUGCAUGCGGACCGACCAGAUGCUGUAGUUCGUGGCCGUCAGCUUCUCCAGCAACACGCCAGUUCUGGACUGCUCCAUCCCUGCAGCUCACCUCCAGCACCCACGGCUAGAUAACUGCCACCUGUACUCUUGCGCAGCGGAAGCGUGCUGGGCCCAUAACCCUGUCGCGAUUCCUCGCGGCGCUUAUAGCAGAAACGCUCAGAGUCCCAGGGUUUUCCAGUGCAGUCUUUUUAAUGUGAGCUAUAUACAGGUAUUUACAAAAACAGUCCAUACAGAGUACCUGCUCCUUAAGGCAAACGAAUACUCUCCACCACAGCACCACCAUACCACAGCACAACCACCACAACCACGGUUACUGUUGAACAGGCUUUCCUUUUUAAAACAGGUGAUAGCCAAUCACAUUAAUCACACUCCUGCUGAGUCACUCUGACCCAGCACUUCACAGAGUAUUGCAUCAUCCUGUUGAAGCCUGCAGACUUACUCAGUAUCCUGCGAAUCCCAACAGUUUGAGCACAAAACCUGAAUUAUUAUCACUUAACUGAAACAACCACUACUGCUGCUUCUUUGUAUUUAUUUAGUAGUUUUCGCAUGUUAUGAGGAGGGUAUUAUCUUCACUUUUCCAUGUUUAUUACUGGGAAGAAAUAGUUGAAGGCAGGUGUACAGAAACCUUGUACGCACAUUUGUCUGCAGGCCAUAAAAGUACUUACUGGCAAAUCCUGAAAUUCUAGUUUUUUGUGAAUCUUCAGUAGCUUUUAAGAUGCUUUGCUCUGACAUCAUUCCUGGGAUUCCCCAGUAAUCCCUGAAACCAAAGGUUUCUAUACCUUCCUUCUGAUCCUUGCAUCAGUGCUUGAUAUCAAAAUGACUUUAACCUGUUCAUUCUUCCUUCCUAAAGAAAUAUGAUCCUUCAGAUCCCGCCUGCGCUUAUGGUCAGCUGACACACAGCGAGCUGAUCCAGCUGGUCUUGAAGCAGAAAGAUGUGAUUGCAAAGCGAGAUCAGCAGGUGUGCGAGCUGAAAGACUACACUGAUAACUUGCUUGUCAGAGUUAUGGAGGAAACCUCUAACAUUCUUCGAGCUCAAGCUCACGUGAAUAAGAAAGCUGGAAAGAUGUGA